GGCGCUCCCUCAGUGCUCAGUGUACAGUUUGUUUUAGUCUUAUAUGACACAAUGGCUUGUUUUAAAAACAUAGCGAGCUCUUUAGCCUAUAUAGCGUAUUCUGACCAUUACAUGCCCGUUCUGAGUUUUCUAUGUAGACAGCUCACUAGGUUUUGAGACACCGUCAGUGUCUAUGCAGGGACGACAGUCUGGGCUAACAGCAACCGAGUGAGAUUAUUUAUCUAUCGCAAACUAGAAGCACUCCAUGGUCCAAAUCCUGGCUUUUGUUGGAAUUGCCAGGCAUGCGGAUCAGGUUGCAGGGCUCUGGCCACGCGGCCCGUCUCCUCUCCGAGCUCAACCGCUGCCGCCUGUCUCGUGUCCUGUGCGACAUCGUCCUCCAGGUCGGAGGCCGUUCCUUCCCGGCUCAUCGCGUGGUGUUGGCGUGCUCUUGCACACACUUUAGCAGCCUCUUCUCCAGAGGUUCCAGCAACCAAGGUGCCGUUCCCACCACCUUCUCUCUGGACUUUGUUUCUGCUGCCAAUUUCGAGAAAGUCUUGACUUUUAUCUACACGGGUGAGAUUUUCACGGACUUGAUUGAUGUGGGUGUGCUGUAUGAGUUGGCAGAAAGGCUUGGUGUGAGGGAGUUGGUGAACGCUUGCCAUGCCACCUUUCCUGACCUGCAGAGCUCCAGCUCUGGAGACCCAGUUGCUGAAGGGGAUUUGGAAAGCGAUAUGGUAUCAGUCAAUCCCGUGGCUGCGUCUGUCUGCUCGUCCUCUGUAACCUCCUGCUCCUCGUUGUCUUCUUCAGCCGCUCCUACACCUGUAACUCCAUCUCCGGUUUCUCAAGGUAGGAACAGCAGGUUGAAUCGCUCCCACUUGGCCACCCAGUCGCCAAAAAAUGAAGACUUGCAGAUACAUUUAGGUUACAAUCAACAGGUUACCAACAAGCCGAGUCCUUUGGACGUUAACCGUUCUACAGACGCUCUUCCUUGCCUGACUUUGCAGCUUAAAACCGAGCGGGAGGAUGAAGAAGAGGAUGGAAGAAGUAACUCAGUGCACCAGCUUGUUGUCAAUGGUAGCAAAUCAACAUUUGGGCCUCAGGAACAAUGUUCUGUCCCUGAUUCUUCAGCCCAGCUUGGAGGUGAAACCUGCGCCCCUUCGUCAUCCUCCAGUGAUCCAUUAGACAGUUUGCAACUGGGGGCCGUUACGGGACCAAUCAAAGAUUCCGAUUUUUUUGAGGAAGAUCUUUCUAGCAAGAGGAACCAACUACAAGAGCAGACGGAGGGCGGCGAUCAGUGGCAAGGACUUUCAGAGGACAUCAUUGAGCUGAGCGAUGAGGAGGAGCACUUCAUUGUUGAGGAAGAGGACGACGAGGACUUGAUGUGCAUAGAGAAUGGUGAAAACGAGGCAUCUCUCGGACAACUGCCAUCAUCGCAGCCAUGCAAGUCAUGUGGGAUGCUACUUCCGGCGGAAAACUCCGUCAUACAAACUCACGCUGAGACGCACCUCUCGGAAACUGGUUCAUGUCAGGUGUGUGGCGCCUCCUUCUCGGACCGCGCUGCUGGUGUUGCUCAUGCCCUCACACACGUGGGCAUCUUGCUCUUCUCCUGUGACGUUUGCGAGCAUCAGUUUCGGACUGAAUCCGCACUGAUCCAGCACAGACGUCAGUCAGCUGCUAAGUGCGCCCCUCAAAAUCCAGACCAACUGAACGGAUCCUCCCAACGACAAGGAGGGGAACUGCAGUGCACCAUCUGUGCUAAAUCUGUGGUGAAUGAAUUUAAGGCUGUCAGGGACCACGUUCAGAGCCAUGCAUGCUUGAGUACAUUACGCUGUGAAGUGUGCCAGCUGUCUCAGCCCUCUCGAUGCGCCCUCCUGUGGCACACACUGACACACCUCUUUCCUAUUUACACCUGUCCACAAUGCGCCAGCCCCUUCCUGGAGAGUGCGCUGCUGGAAAGACACCUGUCUCUACACACAGAGGAAGGAGCAUCGGCGAAACAGGCCGAGGGCAGCCCAGAAAACAGCGGAGAAGGCCAGGCCGAGCUGCGCUGCUUCCUGUGUCCACAGACCUUCCGCUCGGAAACCGCGUUUCAUUACCAUCUCAGCGUGCAUUCGAACGAGCUCCAGGGCAGCCAGGUAUGGCCAGCCAAACGCAAGGUGGACCAGAUCCUCGAAUACUCCUCAUCCUCCUCUUCGCCAAUGGAAGCGAGCGGCCCAGGUAAAACAGGUUACAACUUAAGCCUAGGCUUCAACUUGCAGGACAAAAUGGCUCACGGCGGUGCCCCGUUUACUGCCGGACUUGUACUGAACGGCAACUCUGGUGGCGGAACGGGGCUUAGGGAAAAAUUGUAUCGCUGCCGAUAUUGUGGUAAGCAUUUCGCACACUCGGGCGAGUUCACAUACCACCUUCGUAUCCACACGGGCGAGAAGCCCUACCAGUGCAAAGUGUGCAUGCGCUUCUUCCGUGGCCGUUCCACCAUGAUCUGCCACCUAAAGACGCACUCGGGUGCCCUCAUGUACCGCUGCACCGUCUGCGGCCUGUUUUUCUCCACACUUAAGAUGGUUUCCUCGCACAUGGAGCUCCACAAAGACCAGCUGCCACCUGAUUUCAACAUCGAGGAGACCUUUAUGUAUAAUGACCACUCUAAAGAGCCCAUCCCUAACAUGGACACCUGAAACUCGCCCUCUCUAAACGCUCCGUAAAAAUGUGUGCCCACGUUUACUUAGUCAGUACGUUGAGGGGGAAUGACAGUAGACUUAGAAUUUAAAGUGCCCCUUUUAUGGAUUUUUGAACAUUACAUUUCAUGCAGUGUGGGAAGUCGUGGCCUAGUGGUUAUAGAGUUUGACUCCUAACCUUAGGGUUGUGGGUUCGAAUCUUGGGCCGGCAAUACCAUGACUGAGGUGCCCUUGAGCAAGGCAUCGAACCCCCAACUGCUCCCCGGGCACCGCAGCAUAAAUGGCUACCCAGUGCUCUGGGUGUGUGUGUUCACAGUGUGUGUGUGUGUGCACUUUGGAUGGGUUAAAUGCAGAGCACGAAUUCUGAGUAUGGCUGAAUGUCACGUCACUUUCACAUUCAUACAUUGAAAACAUCCUGCAAAGUUUUACAUUUGAAAGUGCAUCAUGUAUAAAGUUAUUGUCUUUCAAAGUAGGGGCACUUUAAUGAAGUGUUUAAUGUGAUCGUCAUUUGUGUACAGAAUGAGAGUGAUUCUUGUUUUUUAAAAACUAAUUUAAAGGUAAUUUUUUUUUUUUUAAUGUAGUGCUGAUACUUGACCACUUGAUGGCAAGAGAGACUGAGCAAGGCUGCAUUGCCAAUCAAAUAUUUGGACAAGCUUACUUAUUUCCAUUUCUUUUUUUAUAUUUUAGAAUAAUAAUAAAGUAAUCAAAGCUAUGAAAAAUAAAUCAAUAAAAAUAACGAUCUUAUACUGUAACUUUUUCAAACAUUUGACAAGAACAUUAUGAUAUAAAGUGUUUGAAAGAAGUUUAAAGAAGUUUACAUGUGUGCCGAGCACUUUUUGGCUGCUUUUCAGUCACUAUGUGGACCAGCUCAUUUAUUUAAAACAAAAAUUUAGUUUUGUAAAGAAAUUCUUAACUUAUGCACCAACAUAAGUUAUAUUUGUCUUCAAAGUAAGUAUAAGCAGUUAGAUCAGAAGAUUUUUAAAGAUCACUCCAAACUAAUUCAGUCAAGUGUCUCCAAACUUUUGAUUUGUAUUGUUUUAAUGAAGUCAUUUUUAACGGUAAGCUUUUCCAAGUGCUGAUCUGCGAUUUACCUCUGUAUGCUCUUCCGGCAACUCUUGUCACAAUAAGCUAAAGGUCUCUGGAUAUUCCAGUGCAAAUGUACGCUGAGAAUAUAAUUUUUUCUAUGUUUUCUGAUAAAUAAAGCAGUGCUCUUGUCUAGGUCAAGGAUAAAAGGAAAAAAAUUGGUCCUUAAAAAAAAAAAAAAGUAAUAAUAAAUAUAUAACGGUACUUUUAUUUUACAGAAUAGCUGUUAUUUUUAUAUUAGUGUUGUAUAUCAUUGACAGACUAAAUUAGAAAUAGUUACCGGUUCAUGAGAUGUAGUGUCAAACAAUUUGGAUGUAAUACAUAAAGCAAAACUCUCUUACAUAAAUAAAUUCUUACAUAAAUAAUUUCAUUUGGAAAAGAGAAGCGAUUCAGACUGAGGUGUUAAUACAUCAGUCAGUUCAUAUCGCAGUGUUCACUUUCUUCACUUGGGACAUAUCAGAGUGUUUUGUGCAAAUGGUAUUGUGAAUAAGUUACAGUUCUUUUAGAAAGCUGUGAUGGUCUUUUGUACAACUUCCCCAGCAGUUAUAUGCUUUUUCUUUCUUUCAUGGGACAGUUUUACAUUGUACAUUUAAAUAAUUUCUUAUUCAAUUCAAACUGUUUUAGCACACUGGUUCAUUCAUAAUUGAUGUCACUGGUCAAACCAUAAAGUAUACAUUCAAAACUGCUGGGACAUUGUGGUUG